AUGGAACUUAAUAAUAUACAACAACUGCUUAAUGAUAAUAUAAUUUUAUUUAUUGGAGCUCCGCUGGCUGGUAAAAGUACGCAAGGCACUCUUCUUGCAAAAAUUCUCGAACGACCGUAUGUAUCAACAGGCAAUCUUUUUCGUAAUGAAGUUGCUAGUGGAAGUGAACUCGGUCAGAAGAUAAAAGUAUACAUGGAUUCAGGUGAAUUGAUUCCGAAUGAACUUACUAUAACUUUUCUUACGACUAAAUUCAAUGAUCCAAUCUACCGGAAUGGUAUGAUUUUAGAUGGUUUUCCUCGAAAUCUGUCACAUAUGCCUAUUCUGGAAAAUAUCUUAAUGAAUCUAGAUCGAAAGAUUCUUGUUGCUAUAUAUUUGGAUGUAUCGAAAGCUCAACUCGACCAGCGACGAAUACAUCGUAGCCGAGCCGAUGACGAUAAUGAAAUUGCUGAACGUCGUUAUGCUGUCUUUCAACAAGAAACACUACCUCUUGUGGAUCUAUUUGAAUCGAGAAAUGUAUUAAUCAAAAUUACUUCCAGUUCAGAAUCUCCAGAAGACAUUCAUCAGCGUAUUCUUUCGCAAUUAGCUAUGUUCAUACAAAAAAAAUGA